AGCAGGCGGGCGGCCGGGAGGCGGAGGACUCAGGACGCCAAGCCCGGCCUCCCCCGUACUCCGGCCCGGCUCCCGCUUGCCAGGCCUCCCACUGCCUCGGCUCGGCUGUCCCAUGCCUGACCCGGCAUGUCCACUCCCAGGGUCCCGGGCCGGCCUCGCCCAGUCACGGCAACGCCGGGACCGAGACUACGGUCUGCGUCCCCUGGCGGUCCGGUCGUGCGGGUUAAACGUGUUUCUCCCCCGGGCCCCGGCGCCGCGAUACAUGUCACAGAGCAAGCACACGGAGGCACGGGAGCUCAUGUGCUCAGGGGCACUGCUGUUCUUCAGCCACGGCCAACAAAACAGCGCUGCGGACUUGUCCAUGCUGGUCUUGGAGUCACUGGAGAAGGCAGAAGUCGAGGUGGCCACAGACCUGUUGGAAAAUCUGGCUAAACUGUUCAGUUUGAUGGACCCGAAUUCCCCAGAGCGAGUGGCCUUUGUGUCCCGAGCCCUGAAGUGGUCCAGCGGAGGGUCAGGGAAACUGGGCCACCCCCGUCUGCACCAGCUGCUGGCCCUCACCCUGUGGAAAGAGCAGAACUACUGCGAGUCCCGCUACCACUUCCUGCACUCGGCGGACGGCGAGGGCUGUGCCCACAUGCUGGUGGAGUACUCCACAUCCAGGGGCUUCCGCAGCGAGGUGGACAUGUUCGUGGCCCAGGCCGUGCUACAGUUUCUCUGCUUGAAGAACAAAAGCAGCGCAUCAGUGGUGUUCACGACGUACACGCAGAAACACCCAUCCAUCGAGAGCGGCCCCCCGUUUGUGCAGCCGCUGCUCAACUUCAUCUGGUUUCUGCUGCUGGCCGUAGAUGGGGGCAAACUGACUGUGUUCACGGUGCUGUGUGAGCAGUACCAGCCGUCCCUCCGGCGGGACCCGAUGUACAACGAGUACCUGGACCGGAUAGGACAGCUGUUCUUCGGGGUGCCGCCCAAGCAGACGUCUUCCUACGGGGGCCUGCUGGGGAACCUUCUUAGCAGCCUCAUGGGAGCCUCGGAGCAGGAGGGUGAGGACAGCCAGGACGACAGCAGCCCCAUCGAGCUGGACUGACCCCGCCCGCCAGCCCGCACAAAGCUGCCCCGAGCCUGGGGCCCCCGCGCCCGCCCCUGGCUGCCGCGGCCGCACUGGCUGGGCCAUGCUGCUCCUCCAGACUGACCACAAUAAAGCACGGGCCGCACCCCCACCUCCCCCUGUCCUCUGUGUCUGGUUUGCUUCGGGGGCCGCCUGGCGUCCAGUGGAGGCCUGUCCUGUCACAGGUGGUGUGGGGGGUGGCCACCGCCCAGCCGCUGCCACCUGCACAUCCUGCGGUGGCCUGGAAAGCAUCUGGGCGGCUGCUCCGUGCCAAACCCCGAGGCCGCGGCCGCUUGGGCCGGGCCUCACAAAGGGAUCGGGAGUCCUUUCCACGUCUCAGAAGACGGUAUUUAUUUUCGUCAGGUGGUUGAUUCCUCUGACCUGAAAUUUUAGGGUUUUGCCGAAUAGGCAGUCCAGGCGUGAGCAGACCUACUGUUUCUCGCCAAUGCUAGACCUGGUGUUCCCGGGGCGAUUACGAGAGGGGAGACACUUUAUUUUUUCACAACUUGAAAUAAGACUUGUAGACUAAUCCACCGAGAUCAUGCAUGGCGAGGAACAAGUGCACACCUUCAUUGACUGUAAAUGGGGUUUAAAGGGAGGUUUGUGUUCAUUGUUCAGUUUAAAUAAAUCCUUUAUACUGGG